UAUUCACAGCUCAUAAUUUUUCUCUCCAUCGACUUCAAGAGUCAAGACGGCCACCAGGAUCCUUUCAUACACGAACUUAAUUAACUUUCCUGCCAUAUAAACCUUCUGAAUUGCUCAUCAAUUCCAACAAAAUACAAAGCUUCAGCUCAAUCGAUGGCUUCUUCUUCUAGCAAAAUGCUAAUUAUUCUUAUGGUUGUCGGCUCUUUCGUGCUUGCUUCUGCUAAUUUCUACCAGAAUUUCGAUAUAACAUGGGGAGAUGGUCGUGCCCAAAUUCUCAACAAUGGUGAACUUCUCACUCUCUCCCUGGACAAAGGCUCAGGUUCAGGUUUUCAAUCCAAGAACGAGUAUCUGUUCGGAAAAAUCGAUAUGCAACUCAAGCUUGUCCCUGGAAAUUCCGCAGGCACUGUUACUGCCUACUACUUAAAAUCGGCAGGCUCAGCUUGGGAUGAAAUAGACUUUGAAUUCCUUGGAAAUUUAAGUGGUGAUCCUUACACUCUUCACACAAACGUAUUUAGCCAAGGCAAAGGUAACAGAGAGCAACAAUUCCACCUCUGGUUUGAUCCGAUUGCUGAUUUUCACACCUAUUCAAUUCUCUGGAAUCCUCAAAAUAUAAUCUUCUAUGUUGACGGCACGCCCAUUAGAGAGUUCAAGAACACCGAGUCCCUUGGUGUUGCCUAUCUCAAAAGCCAGCCGAUGAGAAUUUACUCGAGUCUUUGGAACGCUGAUGACUGGGCGACGAGAGGCGGACUGAUCAAGACGGACUGGUCACAGGCGCCAUUCACAGCUUCUUACAGAAAUUACAACGCCGUUGAUGUUUGCGUCUGGUCUUCAAGUUCAGGGUCUUCCUCUUGCAACUCAAAUUCGGAUAAUAGCGACUCUUGGCUCUCAGAGCAACUCGAUAACACAAGCCAACAGAAACUUAAUUGGGUCCAGAAGAAUUACAUGAUUUAUGAUUAUUGCAAGGACUCAAAACGAUUCCCCCAAGGCUUUCCUCCUGAAUGUGCAGUCAAUAACGCAUCCUAGAUUGAUGCGGAAAAACAAUAAUGACUGUAAUUUGAUAUUGUUAAUUGUUUAUAACUUAGCGAUUCAAUUUUUC